AUGAGUAUUUUAGAGAGGGAGCCGACUCCCCAGUACAUAGUUAUAGGGGGCCAGGAAGGAGAUAGACCAGAGGAGUCAGGAAGUGACCCUGGGGCCGUUGGGGAAAGCCCUGUCAUUCAAGGGGUGUCUGACACAACCGAGAACUAUCACCAGCAGGCUGAGAUGGAAGGAAUACACGGCGUCAGUGGACGCAGAGGAAGCUUAGGGCUGCAGGAGGACCAGCAAGCAGAUAACCCUUUUAACCAACAGGGAGGCCCCCCAGAUCUACAGCCCAUAUAUGAGGAUUAUAGAGGCAUGGAGAGUCAGAAGUCGCCAAGACGGCACUCCGGCGAUCCGCAAGAGCCUCCUAACCCUACAAGCAACGUAGCAGCACGCCCAAGCGACACUCUUUCUUCGAAGGCCCUUACCGCUCGCAGCACCUUGAAGCGCGCAACGACGUCCAUGAAAGAGGGCGUUAAGCACGCCUCUGCACAGGUUGUAAUUGCUGGAGAGAAGGUGGGGCAGGCUUGGAAUAGGACCCUAGACAGCGCCAUGUGGGUUUGCAUCGUGUGCGGCUCCCUUUCCAUCAUUCUCAUAGCCGUAGCCUUAAGCCUACGGACAUGGAGGUAUCAGGAGCUAAUGUAUCAGGACUCGAACGGACACAACAUUACUCGCGUUGAGCUAGGCCUUGCCUACCUCCAGAGAAUACAGACCCUUGAGAGAGCAGGCGACACCGGGGUUGUGGUCAUGUUCGAUCCUCCCUUGAGCUAUGACGACGCCAUAAGCAGUGCAUAUUGCCUCCCUGAAGAGGAGCUGUCCGUUCCUGGAGAAGAGGAGGAGCAUCCUUCUGAGACGGCCGACACUGCGCCCUCCCUGACCGGAUCGUCUGCAGUGUCAGAAGCGACAACAGAACCAGCACCCAACGCUGGGGAGGCGUUGGGGGCCUCUGCUGAGGGAGGGAGAACACUGCUGGAUGAGGGCUUCCUGCCGCGUCAGCUACAAGAUUCCUCUGAGGACACCUCUAGUCGCGAGGGACCGCUGGCGAACCCCCCACCCUUCAGUGUGACUCUUGGAAGACACCCGGGUGUACCUGGCUCCCUGUCGGGCCGGUAUGUAGAGAUGCGGGAAGCCUUGUUGGGGUCUACAUUAUUUGAUCUGCACUGCAAGGACCUCCCGCACUUCUUAAAGAGUGGCUCUUUGUUCCUGCGCAUGAUGACGGGGUACAUUGUGUUUGCUUCCCUUGGCAUGAUCGCUGCCAUUGCGUCAAUGCUGCUGGUCCCCUUCAACAAUUCCUGCGUCCUUAAGCUAAAGCAGCUGCCCCUCAACCUUGUAGGCACGGUGUCUUGGAUGGUCGCGCUGAUCGUGCAGCUGAGCGCUCUCACUGCGUGGGGUGUCGGCACUGACGUUGCAGCCUGCGUAACACAGGAAGGGGGAGCUGCCGUCUGCAGGCUGGGCAGUGCCACCGUCCUUGCGAUCGUUUCGCUAGUCCUGACCCUCGUUGCGACCCUCUGCUUCUGCAUCUUCUUCACGCACACACUCAUCAGAAACCUCGGCCGCGAAAAGGAGAAGGAACUCCAUCUCCGCGAAGAAUCCGAGCGCAGGCAAUCCAUGGAAUUGGUACCCACUAGCACCUCGGGGCACCUGAUAGCCCACCCAGGGGCCCCUGCAGAGGGAGAAUCUGUGUCAGCACAGCGCGGAGAACUGGGCGAUGGCAGGCACUAUGGAGGUCUCGAAAGAGGCUCCACCCAUAGUCCGAACCACCCUUGCCAAGAUGAAGCCAACAGUCGUACUGUAUCCCUCGCGGAAGAGUCGCAGGACCGCCGACAUCGAAGAUUUGCGUCGGGGCCCCCUUCCGGAGCCGUUAGAGCCACUGCUUGA